AUGAAGGUUAUGGAGACCGACGUGAGUCAAGACUUCGAAGACUAUUGGAACGAGUAUAAGAUCAUCCAGGAAACAAGGCAACUCGACAGUUACCUGGACGAAGAAUGUCCGCCGGAACAAGAGUUCGCCGUCACUCAUUUACCGGAAGGCGCAGUGGAAGCCGAUUGGCUGUCAUCCGCUGGUCUGUCGUUCCUGACUGAAUCGUUCGAGAACGGGUGCGAAGUCCCGGAUUCGGAACUCGAACCGGCGAUCAGACAUCUGUCCACCAGACAAGCAGACGCUGUCAGGCUAAGAGUGCAUUCACUCAAUCAUACGGUCCGACAAAGGGGCAGACAGCUGAAGGCAAGGCAUAAGAAACCUGACAUCAGAGACGUUUUCCGCGACUUUGAAAGUUUGAGUUCCAGCUCCAGAUCAAGAAGCGCAACACCGGAUUCGGAUUCAAAUAGUCCACCUAUGUCAUGGUCUCAAACAGAAAUAGCUGUACCUACACCUUUACCCAAAUAUACGGAUCCCAAUCACGAACCGAGGGUUGUGUAUUCAAAAAAAGACGUCCGCCGAAUGCCCAGCGCGCCAGUUCUACCGUCAAGAGACAUAUUCCGCAGGAGCAAUCGGAGCAAUAAUGGUAUCGUCGCUUCUGAAAGUGAUGGUAUUACAAUGGUUGGUUUUCAAAGACUUGGCACCGUGCGUGGCUACAAAUUCGAACAACGACCUUUACCUAUGGUCAAAGACAGAAAUCGUAGCGGUAGCGAUCCACUACAUUUGUACUCAAGUUCUUCUGACGAACACGUCGGUUCUCCUAACAUGGAUUUAGUAGUGCCUAAAUCCAGCCUGACCCGCAGUCACGGUUGUUUAUACGAACCAAGCGAUAAUCACCGGGAUGGUUCCCAAUACGUGGGAUUCGAACAGAUGUGGCAAAAUAACAAUUACCAAUUGGAGAAAUCCUGUUCCUCCGUCGACGAAAACACUGGGAGGACUUGGCCGGACUCUCUCAGCGACGAAGAUUUGGCAAAACUACGCCCUCUACUGUUCCUCGAACUUUCUUCCAUGUUCGACAGUGCUGGUAUACCGUUUCAUAAAGGAAAACCACAUAAACGCAAAAGAAGAGAAGAAGGUACCAUUUUUGGUGUUUCGUUGUCAACGCUAGUCGACCGCGACGAGGCCAUCGCUAACCGCCGAGUUCAAGUACCUUUGAUUGUCCAGAAGGUUCUCGGACAGUUGGAGAAACGUGGAUUGGGCGAGCAAGGCCUGUUGCGAAUGGCAGCCCCUAAAGCGAAAGUCGAUAAACUGUGUUGUGCUGUGGAGAAGUUUUUCUAUGCCAAGCACGAAGAAGCCGAUCAGCUGUUAGAAAAAUGUUCCGUGCAUGAUCUAGUUGCUUUUCUGAAACGUUUGCUCAGAGACUUACCCGGGUUAUUGCUCACCCACGAGCUGGUCAAUUUGUUUUACCAGAGCUACUCUGUACCCGAUACUGUAAGGGCGCUAAACCUAUUGGUGCUACUGUUACCUACAGAGAACAGGGCCACAUUGCGCGCCCUCUUACAGUUCAUGUCUAAGCUGGUCGAAUACCAGCAAAGACACGACCUGGAGAAUAAAAUGACCGAACAUAACGUGGCCAUGAUCAUUGCACCGUCUCUAUUCCCCCCUAGAUCCGUGCAUUUGGAGAAAAAAGACUUGCAGUCACAUCUGGACCAGGCUGCCCGUAGCUGUCGUCUAACCGAAACUCUUAUGAACCACAUAGAAGAGUUAUGCCUAGUUCCUACCGACCUCAUGACCCAGCUUAGACACAACAAUGAACUGUACCAAUGCAGACUGAAAGAAAACAAUAAUCCCGUAAGAAGGUUCCUUGGAAAAAAGAAAACAGAUAUUGUCCCCAAAAAAAUCAACAACGAGGUAGAUUACCAAGACGGCGUGGUCCGCGUUGAUGCACCACAGUUUCGGAUUUCCGGUAUACCAUUGUUCUUAUCUGAUUCCACCACAGUCGGCGAAGUAAUACUUAAGAUUGUGGAAGAAGCUGCUAAGCAAACGGUGACAAAAAACGGGCACAUGGCUAAACCUGGCCGCAAGGACCUCAAGUCAAGGGCAUUAACUGAACUUGCUCCCAAUGGAAACUUGUCGUGCUUGUUAACGACUGCUGAUCCUGAUAUGGCCACUCGGACACAUUUUCUAUACGAAACUGGUGGCAAUAUCGGUCAGCGGCGCAUAGAACCCACCGCCAACAUGAUGGCCGUAUACCAAGUGAACCCGAACGCUCAGUGGUUCGUAAAAUGUGAUCACAGAAACGGCAUGACACACACAUAUGACUGA